GAUUGGAUGUACGUGCAACCGGCUCGGACGCUUGUAUGCUGAAAAUAAUUUGGAAUGAAGUUUAUUUCUUAAGCCGAAAAUUCGCACGGCGGGGGCGGUCAUGCGCUGAGGUAACACUGUACGAUGGAGUUUGGAUUGGAAGGCGUGGCCUAGCAUACAGGGCGGAGCUAACGUUGCAGGCAUUAACGCGCCGGCACUAGGACCCUGCGGCUUGCUGAGAUCUCUGCGCGCGCUCUCUCUCUCUCUCUCUCUGAUCCCGAACUGAUCUGAGAGGCUGAGAAACUAAAGUGCGCGUCACAUUCAGCGCGGCAUCACGCACGGGGCAUCACGCACGGGGCAUCACGCACGGGACUUCUGCCAACUAUAGCACACAAAGACACACGGGGACAGAAACAUGCUGAGGAGUGAGAGGCAGAAACGGGAUGCCAGGGCUGAGGAGUGUGAGAGCGGCUCGGACAGCCGGAGUGUGGACGCGUGUGAGUUCAGUGCGGUGUUCGGCUGCGGGGACUCGGCUUCCAUCGGCACUUUCCUCCAGAACGUCCAGGUCCUGCUGCAGGCGGCCAGCUACAUCGAGAGAGCCGAGAGGAAGGAUGGAAAGUGUGAACAUGGAUACGCCUCGACGUUUCCGUCCAUUCAGAGCCCCAGCAGCUACCAGCAGAGACAGAGAAAAUUUCGCAACAAAAAGCACAACAGCAGUCACAACAGGUCAACACACAACGAGCUGGAAAAGAACCGACGAGCCCACCUGCGUCUUUGUCUGGAGCGAUUGAAGGCUCUCAUCCCGCUGGGACCCGACUGCAACCGUCACACUACACUGGGCCUCCUCAACAAAGCCAAAGCACACAUAAAGAAGCUGGAGGAGGCCGACCGGAAGUCUCGGUACCAGCUGGAGAGUUUGGAGAGGAAGCAGAGGCACCUCAGGAGGCAGCUGGACUCCCUCCGGGGGGGCACGUGUACCACCGAGAGGGUUCGCACAGACAGCCUGGGCUCCACCCCCUGCUCGGAGCGCUCCGACUCAGACCAAGAAGAGAUCGAGGUGGACGUCGAGAGCACCGAGUUCUCCCAUGGAGAGCUGGAUAGCGUGAGCACGGCCAGCACCAGCGACCUGGAUGACCACAGCAGCCUGCAGAGCCUGGCCAGCGACGAGGGCUACUCCUCCUGCAGCGUCAAGCUAGCCUUCAACUCGUAGACGCGCAGCACGGACGCACACGCGCACACUCGAGCGACGCGAGCAAGCAACUCCCGACCCGACCUGACCUCCCCCCCCACCACCACCACCACCACCUUGUACCAGUCCACUCCAGUCCGCUCCACUCUACCACUACCGAACCCCUUCGCCAGAAUCCGACAGGUGACCAGAGCACGAGAGCCCCCCCCUCCUCCUCCUCCUCCUCCCCCUCUUCACUCAGAGCAGCGUUCUGAUUGGCUGAUUGAAUGUACACUGCCUUAAAUGGCCUCCUCUCGCUUUGUCUCUCUCUUUUUAAACAUGAUCGAUUUGAUUUGGUUUUAUUUAAAUUAUUAUUAUUAUUUUUUUUCUUUGGUGAGAGCUGGUGAUCUGGUUACCUGUCGCUUUCUAACGUUCUGAGGCGCCGCGACUGCAGUGCGAAGCGCGUACAACCUGGACGUCCUCCGCAGCGCUGCAUAUCAAGGUCAGCCGCCAUCCUAAAGGCUGAGUGAGGCAUGAACUCUGUGCCCCGAAUGGUGCUACACUGCUGAAAAGAACCCGACGAACGCGUCUCGUCACGGAAGUGGGACGAUCCUUUUUUUCGGAGGGAAAAAAAAACAAAACAAAAACAACAACAAAAAAAAUGUCUUUCUUACGGUGCGUUUUAUGGUGCAUUAAAAAAAAUAAAGUUUUAAAAAACAAACAAAAACAAUUCGUCGGAAGCAGCCAAGCCAAGUCGUGCUUCCGUCUAGCAGCUGCAACGUAGACGUCCCUCCUAGCAGUAACGAGCAAUAACUCCUCUAGAUCCAUCUCUUCUUCUUUUUUUUAUUUUUUUAUUUUCUUCUUCCCCCUCCCUCUUUUUCCGUCCAAAAACCAUAAUUUGCUUGUUUUUCUUUUUCUUUCUGUUUUUUGUAUAUAAUACAUAAAUAGUUUAAUAAAUUAAGAAAAGGAGUUUAAACAAAAAAAACAAAAAAACAAAAAAAAAAAAAGAAGCUAGAUUCCUAUGGGUAGCCUCUGUUGCUGUUCGUCUUGUGUUUUAUUUUGUGCGUUUUAAAUUAUAUUUUUGCAAAGAUCCUCCUAUCCUUCUCGGAUUGCUCUGACAGAGUGGCAUGGACAGUAUUACGCUUUUUGCUCAAUGAACCUAUUUUUUUUUUCUUUGUUAUUUUUCUUUUUUUCUCAUUUUCUUUCCAACUAAAAUAAAAGGAAGGAAGGAAGGAAAGAAAGAAGGAAGGAAGUCUCCUGGACAGCGCCAGCAGCGGGACCUCUGAGCACCGGACCUCCCGUUCUACGAGCGGCGCUCUUUUUUUAUUUAUUAGAUAUCUGUCGUUGAUUCUGUUCCUCUGUGUGCGUGCAUGAGUGUGUGAGAGUGUGUGUGCGUGUUGCUGUUGAAGCUGAGAGGCAUUCCACUAGCGCGCCUGGAGGUCCGAGGUCCCACGUGCUGCGUCUGAUCUCCCACUCGUUAUUUAUCAAUGGAAGGACGUCAUAUUUAUUCAACUCUUCCCUGUUCCAGCAUUGGAAGAGUGUUUUAUUUUUAUUUGUUUUCUAUUUAAAAUUGUUGUUGCUUUUUUUUUUUUUACUUCAUUUUUAUUUAACUCAUCGUGAGCUGUGUGUUCGUGCACUAGCUCAACUGAACACGGUUUUUAUGUUUCAACACCCAGGCCAAACCACACACAAAAAUCGCGUCUCUCUUUCUCUUUUUGUUUUCUUUCUGUAACAACCACCUUUUCAUGCAUUCUUUACAUCAGCGUGGUUCUUACCCCCCUUUAAUCUGCACUUAAAUCUGGGACCCAUGUGUCGAGAACUCGGCACUUCCUGACCCACCACACACACACACACACACACACUUAGCAUUAAGCAGGUGAUCUGCGAUCCGUCGAGCAACAUCAGGCUCGGCCUCACUAGUGCUGAUUUAUUAGAAUCUACAGUCAUAAAUAACGCUGAUCCUGAAUCAGUGUUUAGUGAAAUCAGGAGUCUGAUCUGAGAUCAGUGCCCGUGAACUUUCUAAAGUCGUGUCGCUCAUCAUUAGUGUGUGUGUUCGUGAGAGAUCAGGAAGCUGCGGUUAACAGGGAGUGGGUCCCGUAGAUGAAGCUAUCUAUCGCACUCGAUCGAGGUCCUGCCGUGACUUUCACGGACAUUCUUUUGUCAAACAUGCACUCUGAUUCCAGCUGUAAGUCCAAUUGCAAUACUUACAAUAAAACACAGAUUGUCUGAGUUGAAGACCAAAAA